AUGGCUCGAUCGCGAAGGCCCGUGCAAGAAGAUGAAACGGUUACAGCCCGCGUUACUGUCCACCACACAUCCAGGGGAGUUGUGGUCCGGUCUCGACCUAUCUUGAAGACUCCACUGAAGAAGAACGUGCGGAGGUUCCGGGUGACAGGCUCUAGUGGGGGGGCAUCCCCGCGGAAGAAAGCCAGAACCCAACCUCCGUCCCCCUACGUUGAUGUGGGUGGUGGCUCACCUUCAGGUCAUCUGUCUGGCAAUGGGCGAACCCCUCCUCGGAUAACCCCCCCGUCGUUCGCCUCGUCGGGAGCAAAAAAGACAUAUUCUCAACAUGACUUCAUGGCUGAUUGGAUUCCGCGGAAAGGCCAGUUCCUGCAUUCGAUACUCGAAGGAGAGGGCAAGUGGACUGGGACCCAUUGGAACCCUGCUUGGCUUUGGCAGACCGGGGUUGUCGUGUCACUCGGUCAUGGCGGAGCCCCGUGUCCAACUCCUCAAGGCUUCUUCCAGGAGGGAGAUGAAGAUCCAGAUGAGGACUGGAGCGACGAAGACUCUGACGUGGAGGAAGAAUCGAACAAGCACGCCGGCCCGGCUCAGGAAAGGUUUUCGUUCGGUGCUAAACCUAAUGGCCGCCAGGUUGGUGACGAUCGGGUUGUUAUCGUCAUGCAUACCAACGGCAUCCAUCAUGUGCUGUUCCAUGUCUGUGGCUGCGCCGACAGCCCCCCCGAAAUGGUACAGUUCCUCAGGAUGAAGCUAUACCCUGCAUCUGUGAGGACGGUCAGAAGUGUGGCGACUUUUGCAUUAUUGGAUGAUUACCACAUGAACCAGGUCGAAUGCUAUAGCUCGACAUACAACUACUUUGCCAAGCUACGCCGAAUGACGAAUAAGGCUUACCCUCAGACCGCUCCGAAUCGUUAUCGGGAGCUGGCACGAAUGGGUAGGCAGUGGAUCCAUCUGAAGAACCUGAAAUGGUUUGGGUUCGGUCAUACGGAGGGAGAGCCGGCGGAUGGCGACCUCGCGCUCUUUUGCGCGGCUUGCCCGCAGAAAGGCAUCAAUGUCCCCGAUGACGAGUGGAAGGACCUCCCCGACAUCCUGAAGCUUCGGAGCUUCGUUGCGGAUGGUAACUUCUCGUGCGUCCAUCAGAGGCAGCGCGCCGCGGAUCAGGACAUCUGGAUUUCCUCUGGCACAGGGUUCAUGGCCGAGAGGACGGCGUACGCAGAGCAUAUCAAGUCUGCAACUGAAGAGAAACAGACAUCGACUUGUCACGAACAUCGGGCCAUAGCCGACAAGUGGAAGUCUUUGAAGGGAUGUGAUGUCACCGGCAUCGGGGCCAUUGCAUGUAUGAGGCAUGGCUGCUUCGUCCCUGGGAGUAUGGUCGACUUUCAGAAAGGGGAAAGACAGAUCAACAUGGACUAUGCGUGGUUGAGGGCUUUGAAGAUGGGCCGAUUGGAUGGUGUUCCGUGGGCCCUGCUUGUCUACGACAUUAAUUGCCAAUACUGCAUCAACUUUGCCCGCCGUAUCAAGAGGUACCGGAAUCCGGGUCUCAAGCCUCCCGCGGGCCUGGUUAUCGUCAACGCGAUAGGUCUCUGGCACGUUCAUGGACAUCGACCCGAAUGCUACGCGAGGUUUGCACCCUCCUUCGUCUCUGGCGCAGGCAAGAAAAGUGGAGAGAUCCUGGAACCCUUGUGGGUCCCAAUGAAUAAGCUUGCGGGCCCAACCAGAACCAUGUCCAGCUCUCAUCGCGCCGAAAGUCUGGACUCGGGAGCCUCGGAUAGCAACUGGAAGAAAUUGACUGGGCUAGUCUCUUCAAUAUGCAGGGAUUUACCUAAAGCCAAGGAACAGGCUGAAGACGCGUUAGAGAGAUACCAGGCUAUUUGUGGGGCGAUAACUAAAAGGCAGCUGGCCGAAUGGACUGUAGAACUGGACAAUGCCAAGGCGAAGCGACUUACGGACUUUAAGGCGAUGGACAUUCUGAAUUCAAAACUCGAUAAAGUCCCUAAGAGAGCCGAGGUAGAGGCUGACUUGAUGGAUAAGGAGAGAACCUCUGGAGAGGGUCUAGGGGUAACUAGCUGGAUCUCAUCGGGUAUCGACAUUCAGGAGAAGCAGGUCGAGCUUAAACGCCUAGCUCGGAGGUGUCGGAGCCAUACCACAGCGAAGCAGAAGCUCGAAAUGGCCAAGCGCCGCCAGGACCUGACAGUCUCGAUCGAGGCGUUCCACAAGGAUGCCGCGGGUCUCUUCCCGGGGCUUGACCUCAGUUCCAUGGAGCUACAUGAGGCGAAUGGCAUUGUCUCUGUUGAGGUCCCAGCACCCGAUGGGGAGGACGUACCUGACUCUGACGAUGACGAUCCUGAUACAGUACCGAGCCAGGACGAUCCCCCCGAAGAUAUGCACAUCCCACUCCCUUCAGCGGUUAAGGAAUGGCCGUCGGCCCUCGCGUCUGUCCGAAGAAAGGAACAAUCCAUGCGGAUAGCUCAGGCCAACACAAAACUCGAGUCUAUCCGUGACUCUGUCGGGAGGUUGUCAUACCUGUAUCGCUCGCUGAUCCGCGGGGCGAAGACGAAGAAGACAAAGACACGGUCAUAUGGAAUAGUCAAAGGUUCUCGGGACGAGCUACGGCUUCAGGUGAACCAUUACGAACAGGCGCGGCGGGCUUUGGAGCGCCUAGGGACCUCCCCUGAAACUCUGCGGAAAUACCAACCCAUCCAUCCGGCGGACAUCAAGGUCAGCACCGCCAUUGCCGAUCCGAACGCGCGAGGCCAGAGUUCCUCCCACCUCUCCUGGAUCUGGGGCAUUCCAAGCGACAGCCCAUCCGAUCGAACAUUGUACCUAGAUGAGCUUUAUCGGGUAAAUUGGAUGAGAACCCGAGAGAGAUAUCUACGUGAAGAAGAAGAGUACCAAUACCUUCUUCGCGAAACUGGGUGGGUACCGCGCUUCUUCGAUUCCAAAGCGGCGGAAUGGGAGGAGCGGCGCACAAGGGUUUCACAUGAAGGUCACAUCGCCUAUGCGAACCGACAGGCUGAACUAUGGCGAAACCUCGCACAAUUUGCGCGGGAGGGAUUCAGUAAGGCGCUGAAAGCUUUACAACCACCGGUCACCCGCGUAGCUGCCAUGACUUGUGAACACACUGAUCGAGAUCCCUCACCCCAUUCAGAUUCGUCCGAGAAUUCGUCCGACGAUCGCUCGUAUUCCUCAGAAUGA